ACCCCAAAUGCUGCAGCUGCAAGGUGACAUUUACGACCCAGCUGUCCCUGACUCCCCUGCUCACUCUGCCUCAUCGCACCAGCACCAGCAGCAGCAGCAGCAGCAGCAGCAGCAGCAGCAGGUGCAGCAGCAGGAGCGGAUGGAGCAGCAGCGGCAGCAGCAGCAGCAGCAGCAGCAGCAGGAGAUGCAGCAGCAGCAGCGGAUGGAGCAGCAGCAGCAGCAGCAGCAGGAGAUGCAGCAGCAGCAGCGGAUGGAGCAGCAGCAGCAGCAGCAACCGCAGGCAAUGCAGCAACAGCAGCUGCAGCAGGAGGUGCAGCAGCAGCAGCAGCGGCAGCAACCACAGCAGCAACCUCAUCGGCAUCGCUGCACCACCUCUCCCUUCCACACUGUGUUGGCAGGGUAAGUGCCAGGAAACCCCGGUGGGCGUU